AUGAACUCCUUCCUGGAGUAUCUCGCACGGGGCGGAGAUGGCUUGAGCCUGGCGACCAAAUUCGGAAGCUCCGAGCCCGGUGGCGUGGCUCUGCGGCCGCCCUGUCCCCUGUCCGCAGGCGGGGAAGGCGCCUACCCCACGCCGGCUGCAGGAAGCUUGCCGGAUUUCUCCCCGCGCUCGGCGCAACCGCAGCAACAGCUGGCGCCUUGCGCCCUGGCGCGCAGCGCUUUCGCGGCGGCAGAGUACAGCUUGCUCCGGCCCGAGGCGCCUUACGCGGCCCCCGGCGGCCCAGACGAGACCGGCGCUCCCCUACACUACGCCACCACGUCUAUCAUUGCGGGCGGCGGCGGCGGCGGCGCUUACCUCCAAGUGGACUACGGCGCGCUCAGCGACACCUUCCAGCCUUGCGCCAAGGAUGCGCCGCCCCCGCCGCCCCCUUCCUCGGACUUCUGCGUCAAGGCCGGCUCCCGGAUCGCGCUCAGCACCUUCGAGUGGAUGAAAGUCAAGAGGAACGCGCCCCCGAAAAGUAAGUGUCGCGCCAAGUGAGCUGUGGGCUGUCCAAUACUCGGGUCCUAGCGUAGGAGGCAACUCUUAAGAGUCCCUUCGCCCCCCAAAGUUAAUGGGCAUUGCUAUUAAAAUGGUGUGUGCGCGCCACGUUUUGUGAUAUAUUAUGCGGGGCAGGGCUUACCUGGGCCCCCAAUAUUUUAUUCAAGUUGGCAUCCUUGGGUCCUGGGUUCUGAGCCUGAAACCGACAUGUCCCACCUCCCUCCUGGUUCUGCGCUGGUUAACUCGGAAGUGAUCCCCACUGAACUUCGUGGGGCUUACUCCCAAGUACCUGUGCAAUCUUCCAUUCUGGAAACAAGUUCUGCUGAUGUUGACGGUACUUUUAUUCCAUUCAAUGGAAAAGGGUUUUAAGAUCUGGCGGGAAAUGAAAGGAAACUUGUUCAAACCCUCGUAAAGCAUGGACCUGGGGCUUUCUUUUUCCCCGAUGUAAAAGAGCCUUUCCUGAACUUGGAUCGCUUCCAUCUACCUGCUUCUAAGGCUGUGACCCUAAGCGCAUAUCUUUGGAAGAGCAGCUGGUUGAAAGCCAGGAAACGCGUUUGGGGUGGGGGUUCUUAUUGCUUAACAUAAUUCAUGUUCAACGGACGUGGCGCACGGUGCGCAUCCCCACUUUGUCAAGCCACAUUGACUUUGAAGUUAAAACAAGCACACGUGGCGGUUCUUCAGCAUAAGCCAAUCCGGGUUUCAUAGAAUUGUAGAGUUGGAAAGGGCCCUGAGGAUCGUCUAGUCCAACCCCCUGCAAUGCAGGAAUAUGCAGCUGUCCCAUACGGGGAUCAAACCUGCAAACUUUGGCGUUAUCAGCACUACGCUCUAAUCAACAGACCUGGGUGCGUUCAGACGCUGUGUGGUUAGAACCAGCGCAAGGUCCCAUGAUUUGGGCAUUAAUUCGCUAACAGUUCCCUAACUCUCUUCUUACCCCAUAGCAGGCAAGCUCUCCACCUAUGGAUCUCCCAGCCCUCCCAGUGCUGUCCGGACCAAUUUCAGCACCAAGCAACUCACGGAGCUGGAGAAAGAGUUUCACUUCAACAAGUACCUCACCCGGGCCCGACGCGUGGAGAUCGCCAAAUCCCUGGGCCUCAAUGACACUCAGGUGAAGAUCUGGUUCCAGAAUCGGAGGAUGAAACAGAAGAAAAGGGAGCGGGAAGGGAUGGUCGUCCCUUGCGCUGCGGUGCCUUUUCACAGCCCCACCUCCGAGUCGAGCCCGACACAGCCAGCGAUGCGUUCUGCUCCCUCUUCUCCAGCCCAGGGCUCGCCCUGA